UAAAAAAUUUGAAGGAUGCUCAUGGGCACCGAUGUGGCAACCGUCGGCUGCCAAGUACUGUGUAAUCACUCACACUCCACCUGGCAACAGUCUCUAGUGCACACGUCUGUCCGACGGACCUCUACCAUGUUUAGCGAAGAGCUGCUGCAGGGGCUUGAAUACGGUGGGAAGCUGUUGCAAGGAUUUGGAUAUGUAAAGGAUGUUUUCGCCGUCAUUGGGAUCCUGUACGUGGUAAAAGUGACCACAUACCUCCUUCAUGACGUGGUAACAGGAGUGAGAACUCUCUUUUGGUCCAGAUUGUGGGACAAACGACUUGUUGCCAAGUAUGGCAAGUGGGCAGUUGUGACGGGCAGCACAGAUGGAAUUGGAAAAGAAUACGCCAAGAAGCUGGCUCAGGGAGGCAUGAACAUCAUCCUCAUCUCACGCACCAUGGAGAAGCUCAAGAAAGUUGAAACCGAGAUUGCUGAUGAAUAUGGAGUAGAGACUGAGGUCGUUCAGGCAGACUUCAGCCAAGGGCGUGUAAUCUAUGAGGACAUCGGAAAACACCUGCAAGACAAGGAGAUUGGAGUUUUAGUAAAUAAUGUUGGUGGGGUCGCAAACUUGCCAUGCUUGCUCGGCGCCAAGGAGCCAUCAUCAAUAUAG